GGGUUCGAUCAUUCCUUCGUCACUCUGCUCCUUCUUUGUUGUUUGAUCAUCGGAAUCCUCCUGUAUCUUCCGGGAAAACUCGCCGGCGGGGAGAAAUACGAUUUUCCCUAAACGAUUCAAUCACCCGGCGAAACUUUCUUCCUCAAUUUUCCGGCUUCCCAAUCAUCAGAUUUUCGUCAAUUCAUCGUAAAUUCUGCAGAAAUUGAUUCCUGUUUCCUCCAUUCUUUUGUUACAAAAUAGGUUAGUAAAUAAUAUAGAGAGAGGAGGAAAAGAGGGAUUUGAGAUGUGGGAUACGCUUGCAUGGCUACUCUUCUUCUUCAUCCUCAUAGCUAUCCUCGUUAUCGUUGUUUAUCAGCUUAUAUGUUUUGCUGAUUUAGAGUUCGAUUACAUUAAUCCGUACGACUCCGCAUCUCGGAUAAAUGAUGUGAUCUUGCCGGAAUUUGUCACACAAGGCGUCUUAUGCUGCUUGUAUCUCGUAACCGGCCAUUGGAUGAUGUUUAUUUUGGCUCUGCCAUACCUCUAUUACAAUAUCCGAUUGUAUUCACGGGGGGAACACCUUGUGGACGUCACCGAGAUCUUCAACCAACUCAAUGGAGCGAAGAAGCAACGGCUUUUAAAACUCGGUCAUCUCAUUUUCCUCCUAUUCAUCACCUUAUUUUGGAUGAUAUAUAAUGCAUUGGAAGAAGAAUAGUAAACCAUGGGAGGAUCCAUAAGUGCAAGAUAGAUGCAUCAAAGGUGAAAGAAGCUCGGGCUCUCGGUGUUUGUGUGGCUUCGAAUAUGCCUCCACAGUAUAGUAAAUACGAGUCGAAGGAAAUAAAAAGUCAAUGGAGAUGGUAAAUAUACAUACAAAGUCAACUUACGUUUUUGAAGAAAAAUCUACAGUUAGGUUUACAUCGUAUUUGUAUUUGUAACGCGACAUGAAAUUUAGUUAGAAGUUAAACACGUUAUAUAUGAGUUCUAUAUUCACAUGUGAAUUGUUACUUUAAAACAAUUGCUAAG